GACAUGACGUCACAUGAGGAGAGCGGCACCACCUGCCCACGUGACCCGGUUCUCUGGGGAAGCUUUGUGGGCGCGGAUAGCUGGAGCUGCAAUGACAGCAACCAAGUUUUGUCACAUUAAUGGGGCCAGUAGCCAUAGAUCUUAGUUGCCAAUUUGGAGGAUUAUAAGUAGUAUACCGGAUUUCUUGCCUUAAGAAAAGAUGGGUAUUCCAUCGUCUCCCAAGGAAACCGUGGUCAUCACUGGAGGUGGCGGCUACUUUGGCCACAGGUUAGGCUGUACGCUGUUCCAGAUGGGGGUCAGUGUGGUACUUUUCGAUGUACGGAAACCAGAACAAGAUCUUCCUGAUGGAAUCCAGUUUAUACAGGGUGAUAUUCGCUCCUUGUCUACAGUGGAGGAAGUUUUUAGUAACGCUUCCUGCAUAAUUCAUACUGCUUCUUAUGGAAUGUCCGGAAGGGAACAACUUCAGACACAGCUGACUGAAGAAGUCAAUGUGAAAGGAACAGAGAACGUUAUCCAGGCCUGCAUAAAUAAAAGUGUACCACGGUUAGUGUACACCAGCACAUUCAACGUGGUUUUUGGUGGGCAGUCCAUUAAAAAUGGGGAUGAGUCAAUGCCUUACCUACCUCUGAAUCGCCAUGCCGACAACUAUUCUCGCACCAAAGCAAUUGCAGAGAACAAAGUGCUAAAAAGUAAUGGACAGCUGUUAGCAAAUAAAAGUGGAUGCUUACGGACUUGUGCCCUCCGGGCAGCUGGAAUCUAUGGCCCUGGGGAACAAAGACACCUUCCCAGGAUCAUCAAAAAUCUUGACCAAGGGCUUUUCAUAUUUUCCUAUGGGGAUCACAAUAAUCUGGUGCAGUUCGUUCAUGUAGAUAAUCUAGCAUCUGCUCAUAUUUUAGCUGCCAAAGGUCUUACAGAUGAAAGGAACCACAUAGCUGCUGGCCAGGCAUACUUUAUAGCAGAUGCCACCCCAAUCGAUAAUUUUCAGUUCUUCCGCCCCUUUAUUGAAGGCCUAGGAUACAAGUUUCCUUCUUUUCGGGUUCCCCUCUUUUUUAUAUAUUUUAUGUCCUACCUCACUGAAUGGCUACAUUUUCUAAUCAGGCCUAUUUAUAACUUUCAGCCUUUGCUGACCCGCGCUGAGGUGUACAAAACAGGCGUUACUCACUAUUUCAGUAUUGACAAAGCCAAGAAAGAGCUGGGUUAUGAACCCAAUGCAUUUGCUAUGCAGGAAGUUGUUGAAUGGUACAGAGAAAGGGGUUUUGGGAAUAAAGCCAAAAAAGUGAAACAUUCAAACUUUGUUUGGGAUGUGGUGGUAUUUGUCCUGCUGGUUGUAGUGUUACUUGCUUGGGUUCCUAGUGUUGUGGGAUUAACCCUACAGUUCCCCAACUAGUGAUAGAAACAUUUUAAAUUUUACUGUUUGAGGCCCCAUUGACACCUCAUUUUUGCCUUAUGUCUCCAGUUUACAUCAGGAAACCAGCAAAAAAAGAUACUGAUACGCAACUGGCCUAUUAAUGAACCCAACACAGUCUACUAGUGAAUACAUUCAGUCCAUUUUUCAAACAUUAUACUUUUUAUUUUGUGUAAUUCAAAAGUGUGGUAGACUAUAUACUUUUAAGUCCUGUAAAGAAAAUAAAAAUAAAUAUAAAUAAAUAAAUGGACUAAAAAUAAAUAUAAAUAAAUGGACUAAAUGUUUUCACUAGUAGACAGUGUUGGGUCCAUUAAACUCAAUGGACUCUUUGUUGUGUAUGGCAUGCUUUUUGCUGGUAUCCCGACUAUGUUGUGAUUGUAAGAGUUCACCGUAGACCUUUCUGGACAAGAUACACACCAUUGUAGGAAAAUUAUAGCAUGAUUUAAGGAGAACUCUCCUUUAUAAAAUUUAUCGCCUAUCCUAAGGAUAGGGGAUAAGUGUCAGAUCGCGGGGUCCGCCCUACCCCCCCCCCCCCCCACCGGACUCCUGAACGGUGCCUCUGCUCACUUGAAUGGAGCGUGUGGACCACAGCGCGAAGCUGUGGCCAACACACCCUCUCCAUGCAGCUCCAUGAGAGAGCUGGAGCGCUGCACUCGGCAAUCUCUCAUGCAGUCGGACCCUCCACAAUUUGACACUUAUCCCCUAUCCUUAGCAUAGGGAAUACGUUUUUUAUAAGCGGGAGUUGACACGGUUAGUUGGCUGUUAGGACAAGUAGACACAUGGCACCCUGAAGUACUGAGGGUUGGAACGAUUCUUCUCUCCCCCUUCAAUCCUUGUUCAUGCUUGAUUGACAAGUGGAAGCCGAGCCCUGUUUCCAAAUCUCAUUUGCCCUUAUUCGUCAAUCUCCCUGAAACCAAAACGGUCUGCUUUUGCCCAUAGCGACCAAUUACAGCUUUCAUUUUACCAGAGCAGGUCCAUAGUUAACCUAUGCUCCAUCUACGCCAAGUACUCUGGCAUUGCUAGGCUGCUUAAUGUUUUCUGCAACUCUACACUUGUCUCUCUCCAUCUGCUGUCUAAAACUAUGCUCCAUCAAUCGAAGUAUUUUGACUACGCUACCCCUGUGCUGUUCCCUAAGCUGGACAGAGACGGUGUGUGUGAGGAGUGUCUGGCCCAGUCAGUGGCCAAUGCGGCCGUAGUAAACUGCGCUUGCAGUUUAAAAUUGAUUUACAGUAAACUUUACUACAUCGGUCUUCUUCUAUGGGUUGUGGAAUCCUCGCGCAUACCAAAAAGGGGUGGAGAAACAGUUACCUGGCUUACUAUGGAAAAAGGAGAAGAAAGGCUCCUAGCCAUCAUUUCAUGAUCUCUGUCGGGAGGGGGCCCAGUAAAGUAGUGAUUUAUAAGUAGACUGGAUAAAUGACUGGCCAAAUUCCUCUGUAGUAUUCAGCAGCUAAUAAGUACUGAAAGGAUUAAGAUUUUUUUAAUAGAAGUAAUUUACAAAUCUGUUUUAACUUUCUGGCACCAGUUGAUAAAAAAAACCUGAAACCCCCUUUUUAUUGGGCUACAUAUUUGUAAAACCGGUGCUAUUUCUAAUGAAAAAUCACAUGAACCCUAAAACUGUAUAACCUCAGCAUAUCAGUAAUAGUGAUUCUACAAAUUCAUGUAUGUGAAGUUGAACAAAUGAUUAUUAUUAUUUUUUAUUUUUUUUUUACAAAAAUAUGACUAAUGGGGCAAUCAGAGCUUUGUAUAGUUUUGAAUUCUGCUAACUUUUUUGGGGGGUAUUUUCUGUGCCCUGCUUAGGGUCAGAUUGGUUUGCAGCUGAAGACCUGAGUAAGGCUGGGUUCACACUACGUUUUCUCCCAUACGGGAGCGCAUACGGCAGGGGGGAGCUAAAACCUCGCACUCCCGUAUGCCUUCGUAUGCGCUCCCGUAUGUCAUUCAUUUCAAUGAGCCG